AUGGCAUCAAGUAUUAAGUCAACAAAUCCGGCUCUUGUAGGCCCAUCGUCACCCUCACUCGCCCUCCCACCAUCGCAAUUCGCUCGCCUUCAACCACAUGCCUACCUUCUCGCGCACCUGUCACCACCGCCUUCUUCUAGCCAACAGUCGCCUUUAAGAGCCAAUGGUCGUGCGCCGCUAGAAUUCAGAACUACAUCCGCCAAUCUAGGCUCUCUCUCGCAUACAAAUGGAAGCGCAGUGGUGAGAAUUGGAGAUACAGCUGCCGUCUGUGGUGUGCGCGCCGAAAUAUUGCAUACAGAAGAUAUAGCUUCAUGGGGCGUUUCUACUUCGUCCGGAAGUCAUAAGAGGAGAAAGAUCAUUUCAGACGAAGAUGGUAACAAACAAGAAAACGAACACGACGAUGACGACGAAGACGAUGAUGACUAUAUCAAAAAUCUCAACUUGAUCGUUCCCAACCUCUCUUUGAGUACUGGUUGCGCGCCGGGUUUCAUACCCAGUGCCCCUCCAUCUGCGCUCGCACAGGCGCUCUCAUAUCAAAUACUCAAUAAGCUACAUACCACACGCCUAAUUCGUUCCGAAGAUCUACAGAUAUGGCACAACCCACCGGACUUGAAUGCCCUUGGCAAGGAAGAGCAAGGCGAGGAUGCAAUGGAUACCGAGUCUGCGGAUCAAUUGUCUUCUCCUGAACCAGAAAUUAAAGGGUUCUGGGUCCUCUACAUCGAUGUAAUGAUGAUUUCUCUUGCCGGUAACCCAUUCGAUGCCGCCUGGGCGUCUGUCGUUGCUGCUCUACAAGACACAAAAUUGCCAAAGGCUUGGUGGGAUAUUGAUAAUGACAUGGUGCUAUGCUCCGACAAGGCUUCAGAGUCACGAAAACUAAAUCUUCGCGGUUUCCCAGUGUCGUGUUCGUACUCUGUCUUUGAGGCUGAUGCUGCGGCUGACUGGCGCGCCGUUGCGGUUCCAGAUGUGGAUAAGAAUGGGGGUUUACAGCAGACGUCUCGACAGCCGGAGAGAUGGAUUUUGGCUGAUCCCGAUGGGUUUGAGGAGAACUUGUGCCGGGAGCGGGUAUAUUUGAUGGUUGAUCGGGAUGCCAGGAUUGGAAAAACGAAGAUUUUGGGCAUGGAGAAGAAUGGCGGCUUGUCCGUGGGUCGUGAGGAACUCAGGAAGCUCGUUGAUGUUUCUGCACAGAGAUGGAAACAUUUGAAGAGUAUUUAUGAUGGUCUACACUGA